AUGGGCAAAGGCAAGAACACUGUCCGCAAGGAGGGCCAUGGGCGAGUAAAGGGAAAGUCUGCCUCGGGCUCCAAACUCGUCGGCGAGUUCGCCACUGGUGUCACCCGCGUCAAGGGUGAGAACUUCUACCGCGAUGCCAAGUCGGCCUCUCGCGUCAAGAUGCUCAACGGCGGCAAGGCCGUCCGUGACCGCGACGGCAAGAUUGUCAAGGCUGCGGCCUUCCAGUCUAAGGAGGCCGAGCCUGGGCGCGUGCAGCCCGACAAGCGCUGGUUCGGGAACACACGAGUAAUUUCGCAGGAUGCCCUCGACCACUUCCGCACUGCGCUUGCCAACCACAAGAAGGACCCGCUCUCAGUUCUGCUUAAGCGCAACCGCCUGCCGAUGGGCCUCAUCCAGGACGAGAGCAAGAACGCUACUGGCAAACGCCCGCACAUUGUCGACACCGAGCCGUUCUCAGACACGUUCGGGCCCAAGUCGCAGCGCAAGCGCCCUCGCCUCAACACGGGCUCGUUCGCGGAGCUCGGCGAGGCCACUGCCGCCAUUGAUGACGCUGAAGACGAGGCUGCGGCCAUGAUGACCCUCGAGGAGGCGCAAGCUGUCAAGGAGGCGGCCAGGGAAGCAGCGUACGGCAGCGCCCGCUCGCUCGCCUCCGCUCCCAUCUACCAGAAGGGCACGUCGCGGCGUAUCUGGGGUGAGCUCUACAAGGUGCUCGACUCGUCGGAUGUGGUAAUCCAUGUCCUCGAUGCCCGCGACCCUAUGGGCUCUCGCUGCAAGCCCGUCGUGGAAUACCUUAAGAAGGAGAAGAGUCACAAGACCCUCAUCUACGUCCUCAACAAGUGCGACCUGGUCCCAGGAUGGGUUACUGCUCGUUGGAAGUCGGUACUCCAGCUCUCGGCGCCGACGAUCGCUUUCCACGCGGCCAUCAACAACUCGUUCGGCAAGGGUGCACUCAUCCAGCUGCUCCGCCAGUUCUCAGUGCUGCACUCGGACAAGAAGCAGAUCUCGGUUGGUUUCAUCGGCUACCCCAACGUUGGCAAGAGCUCCAUCAUCAACACGCUCAAGAAGAAGAAGGUGUGCACCGUCGCCCCGAUCCCUGGCGAGACCAAGGUGUGGCAGUACAUCACCCUCAUGCGCCGCAUCUACCUCAUCGACUGCCCCGGUGUCGUGCCGUUGAGUGCGAAGGACUCCGAGUCGGACACGGUGUUGAAGGGUGUCGUGCGUGUUGAGAACCUCGAUACGCCGGCCGAGCACAUCCCCGAGCUCCUUAACCGUGUGCGCAAGGAGUACCUCGAGAGGACGUACGGCCUCGAGCCGCGACCCGAUGGUUGGCACGGCGAGGAGGGCGCAACCAUCCUCCUCAGCUCGAUCGCCAAGAAGUCUGGCAAGCUGCUCAAGGGCGGCGAGCCCGAUCUCGAGAGUGCAGCCAAGAUGGUACUCAACGACUGGAUCCGCGGCAAGAUCCCCUUUUUCGUCCCACCGCCUUCCAAGGCCUCUGACAGCGAGAUCGCUGCGGAGGGCGUCGUCACCGAGGUGUCGGGUGAGGCAGCCAAGAUCAUGGAGGAGCAUGAGCGUGCGCUGGGCAAGCUGCUGGGCGAGAAGAAGGUCAAGGGCGUCGAGCAGUCGCUCAAGUCGAUCAUCACCAUGCCCAAGUUUAUGGGUGACGACUCGAAGCGUCCUGCCGGCAUGGAAUCCGACCAGGAGAUGGCCGACGCCGAGAGCGACGAGGGUGCUGCUGCGGUCGAGGACGAGAUCGAUGAGGACAUGGACGACGACGAAGAGGAGGAGGAAGACGAUGAGGAUGAGGACGUUGAGGAGGAGGAUGGCGAUGCCGACCUUGCUUGGGAGGACGUCUUCCCAGACGACGCCGACGCCCCGCCUAAGAAGAAGACGAAGCGCGCCGCCGAGGCGGAGGUUGCGGCUGAGGACGAUGAGGACGAGGACGCACCUUCAAAGGAGAAGCGUAUGACUACCAACAAGACGAAGGCCACUAACUUCUACACCUUUGCCAACGUCAAGAAUCGCAACCGCGACCGCAAGACGCCCAAGAACCCCAGUGUGCGCGAGCGCGGGCGUGACAAGAAGAAGGUGGCGCGCAAGUAG